AGUCCUCCCGCCCACCCUCUCCCCCUGGCGCGGCGGCUGGGAGGCGAGGAGCCCGACGACCGUACCAACUUUCUGGAAUAUUCUAUGAUACUACAUCAUGAGUGACAAUAAAUGUGACAGUCAGUUUUACAGUGUACAGGUGGCAGACUCAACCUUCACGGUCCUCAAACGUUACCAGCAGUUGAAGCCAAUCGGCUCUGGAGCCCAAGGAAUUGUUUGUGCUGCUUUUGAUACAGUUCUUGGGAUAAAUGUUGCAGUCAAGAAACUAAGCCGUCCUUUUCAGAAUCAAACUCAUGCAAAGAGAGCUUACCGUGAACUCGUCCUCUUAAAAUGUGUCAAUCAUAAAAAUAUAAUUAGUUUGUUAAAUGUGUUUACACCACAAAAGACUCUAGAAGAAUUUCAAGAUGUGUAUUUGGUUAUGGAAUUAAUGGAUGCUAACUUAUGUCAGGUUAUUCACAUGGAGUUGGACCAUGAAAGGAUGUCCUACCUUCUUUACCAGAUGCUCUGUGGUAUUAAACAUCUGCAUUCAGCUGGUAUCAUUCAUAGAGACUUGAAGCCUAGCAACAUCGUAGUAAAAUCAGACUGCACGCUUAAGAUCCUUGACUUUGGCCUGGCCCGGACAGCACUGUUAGAAUUCCUUUUCCUCACCUUUGUUUUGUUCAUGGCACCUCAUAAUUUUAUCAUUUCAUUUUUUUCAGUUGAUAUCUGGUCAGUGGGUUGCAUCAUGGGAGAGCUGGUGAAAGGUUGUGUGAUUUUCCAAGGCACUGACCAUAUUGAUCAGUGGAAUAAAGUCAUUGAGCAGCUAGGAACGCCGUCUGCGGAUUUUAUGAAGAAACUUCAGCCGACUGUGAGGAAUUAUGUAGAAAACAGACCGAAGUACCCUGGCAUCAAGUUUGAAGAGCUCUUCCCAGAUUGGAUAUUCCCAUCAGAAUCCGAACGAGACAAAAUUAAAACAAGUCAAGCCAGAGAUUUGUUAUCGAAAAUGUUAGUGAUAGAUCCCGACAAGCGAAUCUCUGUCGACGAAGCUUUACGUCACCCUUACAUUACCGUUUGGUAUGACCCUGCUGAAGCCGAGGCGCCACCACCUCAGAUUUACGACGCCCAAUUGGAAGAAAGAGAGCAUGCAAUUGAAGAGUGGAAAGAGCUGAUAUACAAAGAAGUGCUGGACUGGGAAGAGAGAAGCAAGAACGGUGUGGUCAAAGAUCAGCCUUCAGAUGCAGCGGUAAGCAGCAACGCCACUCCUUCCCGGUCGUCAUCCAUCAACGACAUCUCAUCCAUGUCCACCGAGCAGACGCUGGCCUCAGACACAGACAGCAGCCUCGAUGCCUCGACGGGACCCCUCGAAGGUUGCCGAUGAUAAGUCACGAGCCGCAAGCUCGCCAGCAGUGAAGGAACUCCCGCUUCCAUAGGCCUGAAAGGCUUGGGGGGUUGAUGGAACCAAAUAGAAAAAACUCCAUGUUCUGCAUGUAAGGAACACGAUGCCUUGCCCUGCUCAGUUCCAAUAGGAUUGCCUGCCUAGAUUAUACAAUGAAGCAGACUAUGUCUGAAGAACACAAGUGCAAGCCACACUCGUAGAGAUUUUGUGCAAGGUCAUUUCAGGUGAGCAAUUAGAAUAGAUGAUUUUUUUUUUAAAGUUGUACGGUAAUAGUAGUGACAAUUUCUCAUCCUCAGUAACCGUUGGGACAUAUAUGCAUGUGACCACGUGUGCUUGCUCAGGCUUGCCAUCUAGCACUUUGGAAAUCAGUAUUUAAAUGCCAAAUAAUCUUCCAGGUAGUGCUGCUUCCAGAAUUAUCUCUUAAUCCUCUUAAGUAAUUUGGUGUCUGUCCAGGAAAAAUACAUUUAUGUGUAUUAAUUGGCCACCAUCAUAUUAUCGUAUCUUACCUUCUUUUAUGGUAUGAUUUAUUCUAUCUUUUGUAUUUCAGAAGGAAUAUAAUUAAAUCUAUUUAAUAAAUAAAAAAAUACAACUUUUCUUAAAUUUGUCAUGUUUUGGGCUGAGGAUUAUCACUGCUAAAACCAAGAGACCUAUAUGGACACUUUGUUUCCUCUAAAUUGUCUUAGUCUGGGAUGACUGUACAUUCAGCUUUAUUGCAUGAUAAAAUUUUAAGUUUUGUGCUGCUUAAGACGUAUAUGCCUUUACAGCCCUAAUCUGCCCUCGCUCCUUUCUCCUGGUCUUCUGGACUCAUUAAUUUAAAAUGCCACCUAAAACUUCACCUUCUUUAUGAGGCACCUAACACUCCACGUCAAUAACACAAUGGCAGAUUCUUGAAUCCAUUAGAGGCGAGAGUAGAAUUUGACAAAAAUGGUCACUGAAGACAAUGGCAGUGACUUCUUCUGAGCGCUUGCUUCCCCCGAGACUGGUCAGGGUCGUUCCCGGGGGAGGCACCAUCUCCCAGGGUAGCGUUUCCGGUUUCCAACCUAACGUUCUUCCUCGAUUUUCUUUCUUUGCUGAAAGAAACCCCAUAAACCGCCUCCCUCCUCCCCCCCACUCCUCCACUUGGGUCUGUUGUAGGAAGCAAGGCGAUUCAGGACACCUCUGUGAUGGUGGUGUUUUCCAGUUCAUGGAGCAUUUCUUUUUCCUAAGGGAAACCCAUGAAUUUUCUGGGAAACCUCCUCACAGGGUUAUGGAGGAAGCACCCUCAAGAGUAGUGAUUAACUAUUGAGUAUUUUCUGAUCUAAAACUGCUCACCUGAAAUUGAUGCUUUCAGACUUUCUGAUGUGGAAAUCAUUAAGAGUUCCCGAAGUUACUGAGUAUUGAAGUGUCACUACAGAAAUGGGGUUACGAUGGUCACAUUUUGGCUCCCUGUGCUCGUAAUGCUUAUCCCUUGAGCUUAUUCUGUUACAAAUUCCUAUCUUGUGUUUAACUGUUUGGGAAGCUAGUGGGUCAACAUUCUAUAGAAUGUGUUCUGAGGAGGAACUUUGACAAGAAAGUUUAUUAUAAAUAUUAUCUAAAAUAUAUGAGUCUCUCUGCACCAGUUGUAUUGUUGGUUGGUCUUAUCACUGGAAACUGGAACCUUGAUGAACAAAAUUAGUAUUGAAGUACUAGUUUUAUAUUGUGAGGUUUAGACGCAUUCAAGUACAAGAGGAAAUGCUGACUUGGAUUGAAGCAGAAACACCUAUGAUAUGGCUUAGGAUGGUUUUGGUUUUGGAGGCCUGAUGGUACAGUGAAGAAAGUUACCAUUAUACAUAUAUAAACAUCUUAAAAUCUAACAUACAUUCUUUAACAAGACUUCACUAAAUCUAUCUUUAAAAAGAAAAAGGAGAGUUUUAAAAAUGCAUCAUCUGCCCUAGGUUUCUGUGAACACGGCACGGGGAUGCUGAGGGCACAUGAAGCUCCUGCUUGUGAGGUGCCCUUUGUGAGUGGAGCCGGGUGCCACCCACAGUCUGGCGUUCUGCUCGGUUCUUCCUCCGUGCAUUCACGGGGGCAGCCUGUGUUGGUGUGGGUGGGCUUCCUGCCAUGCCCACCUUCCACCGGGGAGCAGCGAGCACACCUAGGACAGGCCGCGGGGCUGCAGACAGCAGAACUCUGUAGAAAUACCUCACCCCACGUCAGGGUCCUCCCCCUGAGCCGAGAUGUGCCGAGGUCCUGGUGCAGUGUAGACAGUUUCAAACUGCUCUCGAUGGCUGAAUGCUGAUGUUGGAAAAAGAACUAAAACGUGCUCAACUUUUUCAUCUUUUCUAUUUUAUUUUUGUAAUUUAUAUUGUACACAACCCUGGAAGUAACUAUUUUGGACACAUAUUUUUCUAAACCAGGUAAUUUGUCAUUAGCCUGGAAUUUGGACUAGGUUUAUUUUAUCUGUUGGCUUCGUUUUCAGUCAAAAAGGAAAUAACUGCCUCCCCUAGGGUGGGUCUUGACCUCAAGUGCAGGUUUUGGAGAGCAGAUAGGGUCUCUCGGAGCAGGAGAACAUUGUGGAAACACAGACUGCUCAGUAUUGAUCAGUCACGGUCGUGGAAACGGCAGCGGGGCUCUGUUCUCCUCUCUGGGACGCAAAACCCAGAGCCUCCAUGCUGGAAGGAGAAAAACCUUGGCAGGGCCCCCUGCUGACACCCAGAGCCCCUGGUUGAACCACUGGAUGGGAUCCCGCUUGAAUCCAGAUCUGAUGCCCUGUAUGUAAGUCAUGGUAACGAUGUAGGAGUUCAUCCGGUUGAUUUCUAACGUCCUCCUCUGGUGUUUCAUGCUGGUAGCAAAUACAGGUGUGACCUUCAGAUUGCAGAUCUCAAAAGUAACAUUGCCUAAUGUUUUAUAAUAAAAUAUAUUAUGUGUGUUUUGAUUGGUGAAAAUAAUACAGAUACAUUUUAAAAGAGAAGUGUAUAGCAUGUCCAGUUCUUUUGUGUUUUUAAGUGACGCUUGGCUAUAUUUCCACUUCACCAUCUCUGAUUACAGAUUUAACAU